AUGAAUACUUGUCUUUUCGUCUGUUUUGGUCUCAUUUUGGGGGUUAAUUCGAAAGAAUUCCUCCAGGAAGAACUGGUGGAAAUGGUGAUGUUGAAGACGAAUUUGUGGAUGGCUGAGAAGAAUGAGAAAAUGGAUAUGGACAAUAGGCACACGAUUAUGGAUGCCAAGUUUAUUGAGAUUCCUGAAGGUACUCUAACAAUCCACCGUGAACUUGGAGCAUUUAAUGGGACAAACAAAAUCGCCUCAUCGGCUCCAAAAUUCUUCGAUGCUCGAGAGAGAUGGCCCAAGUGUCCCUCAAUUGGAACGAUUCGUGAUCAAUCGAAUUGUGGAUCCUGUUGGGCUGUGUCGACGGCUUCGAUGGCCUCCGAUCGAAUGUGCAUCAAUGCACCCCAUUACUCGCUGAUGCUCUCAGCAGAAGAUUUGUUGACCUGUUGUGGCACACAGUGUUCAACAUAUGGUGGGUGCACGAGUGGAUGGCCGAUUAAUGCACUGAAUUGGUGGGUCACCAACGGCCUGGUCACCGGUUCAGGCUACGACGAACGUCAAGGUUGUCGUCCGUAUUCAAUCUAUCCAUGUGGUUGUCACCACGGUGGAAUUUAUUAUCACGUUGCUGGUGCUUUCAAAGGAACACAUGCGGUGAAGAUCAUUGGAUGGGGUGUUGAGAAUAACACACCAUAUUGGCUCGUAGCCAAUUCAUGGAACAGCGAUUGGGGUGAGAAGGGUCUCUUCCGAAUUCGACGGGGAAACAAUGAGUGCGGCAUUGAAGAAGCCGUUGUGGCAGCUCUGCCGGCCAGU